CCUCUGGCCACCAUGGGGACCGGGCCGGGCGUCUCUGCACACCUCUCAGCCUCCAGGCCUGGUCCUGGGCCGCUCUCCCCGGACUCAGAGCCCUGCAGGGCACUGGGCAGUGGAGACCAGGUGUGUCAUCACGCUGACUGCCAGCAGUGGCACUGCCGAGGCCCCCUCAGCCUCUGCGAGGCCUGCGACAGCAAGUUCCACAGCAUGGUUCAUUAUGUCGGCCAUGUCCGCUUUGACGUGCCCCCACAAGGGUCUGUCCUGGCUCGCAAUGUGUCCACCCGCUCGUGCCCGCCCCGCACCAGCCCUGCCAUGAACCUGGAGGAGGAGGAGGAGGACAGCGCCAUAGAUGGCAGAGGGGACCGGAAGACCACAGGCCUGAAACUGUCCAAGAAGAAGGCGAGGAGGAGGCACACAGAUGACCCAAGCAAGGAGUGCUUCACCUUGAAAUUUGACCUGAAUGUGGACAUUGAGGCCGAGAUCGUCCCGGCCAUGAAGAAGAAGUCACUGGGGGAGGUGCUGCUGCCUGUGUUUGAAAGGAAGGGCAUUGCACUAAGCAAAGUGGAUAUCUACCUGGACCAGUCCAACACACCGUUGUCCCUUACCUUUGAGGCCUACAGGUUCGGGGGACACUACCUGAGGGUCAAAGCCAAGCCUGGGGAGGAGGGCAAGGUGGAGCAAGGUGUGAAGGACUCCAGGUCCCUGAGUCUCCCAAUCCUGCGGCCGGUGGUUGGGGCUGGGCCCCCCACGCGGGAGUGUGUGGACCCCCAGAACCGCCGGGAGAGCCUUGAUGUCCUGGCCCCUGGGCGCCGGCGCAAGAACAUGGCAGAGUUCUUGGGGGAGGCCAGCCUCCCGGGGCAGGAGCCCCCCGCACUCUCCAGCUCCUCGAUGCCCACCGGCGGCCCCAGCAGUGGGACUGGUGACAGCUGGAGGAACCGGGCAGCCAGUCGCUUCAGUGGCUUCUUCAGCUCCAGCCCCAGCGCCAGUGCCCUGGGCCGGGACUCAGAUAAGAUGGAGCAGCUAGAAGCCAAGCUGCACGUCUACAGCCUCUUCGGGCUGCCCCGGCUGCCCCGGCAGCUGUGCUUCGACCAUGACUCCUGGGAAGAGGACGAGGGCGAGGACGAGGAUCAGGACCGUGCCUGCCCUCGCCUGGAGGACAGCUGGCGGGAGCUCAUCGAUGGCCAUGAGAAGCUGAGCCGGCGGCAGUGCCACCAGCAGGAGGCCGUCUGGGAGCUCCUGCACACGGAGGCCUCCUACAUCCGGAAACUGCAUGUGAUCACCAAUCUCUUCCUUUGCUGCCUCCUGAACUUGCAAGAAUCCGGGCUGCUGUGCGAGGUGGAGGCGGAGCGGCUGUUCAGCAACAUCCCCGAGAUCGCGCGGCUGCACCGCACGCUGUGGGGCAGCGUGAUGGCGCCGGUGCUGGACAAGGCGCGGCGCGCGCGAACGCUGCUGCAGCCCGGGGACUUCCUCAAAGGCUUCAGGACGUUCGGUUCCCUCUUCAAGCCCUACGUCCGCUACUGCAUGGAGGAGGAGGGCUGCAUGGAGUAUAUGCGUGUCCUGCUGCGCGACAACGACUUGUUCCGUGCCUACGUCACAUGGGCCGAGAAGCAUCAGCAGUGCCAGAGGCUAAAGCUGAGCGACAUGCUGGCCAAGCCGCACCAGCGCCUCACGAAAUACCCGCUGCUGCUCAAGUCGGUGCUGAGGAAAACUGAUGAACCCCGAGCUAAGGAGGCCCUCGUCACCAUGAUCUGCUCGGUGGAGCGCUUCAUCCACCAAGUGAACGCGUGCAUGCGGCAGCGGCAGGAGCGGCGGCGGCUGGCGGCCGUGGCGAGCCGCAUCGACGCCUACGAGGUGGUGGAGGGCAGCAACGACGAGGUGGACAAGCUCCUGAAGGAGUUUCUGCAUCUGGACCUCGCAGCGCCCAUUCCGGGAGCCUCACCCGAGGAGACGCGGCAGCUGUUGCUGGAGGGCAGCCUGAAGAUGAAGGAGGGCAAGGACAGCAAGAUGGACGUGUACUGCUUCCUCUUCACUGAUCUGCUCUUGGUGACCAAGGCAGUGAAGAAGGCCGAGAGGACCAAGGUGAUUAGGCCACCGCUGCUGGUGGACAACAUCGUGUGCCGGGAGCUCCGGGACCCCGGCACCUUCCUCCUCAUCCACCUGAACGAGUUCCACAGUGCUGUGGGCGCCUACACGUUCCAGGCCAGUGGCCAGGCCUUAUGCCGUGGUUGGGUGGAUGCCAUUUACAAUGCCCAGAACCAGCUGCAGCAGCUGCGUGCCCAGGAGCAGCCAGGCAGCCAGCAGCAGCUGCAAAGCCUGGAAGAGGAGGAAGAUGAGCGGGAAGAGGAGGAAGAGGAAGAGGAAGACGAGAGCAGCGCUUCAGCUGCCAGCUCCCCCACCAUCUUGCACGAGAGCAACCCCAGCCUGGACUCCCAGCGCUGUGCGUCUGAUGGCUCCACCGAGACCCUGGCCAUGGUUGUGGUGGAGCCUGGGGAGACGCUGUCCUCCCCCGAAUUUGAUGGUGGCCCCUUCAGCUCGCAGUCGGAUGAGACCUCUCUGGGUACCACUGCCUCCUCCAUCACACCCACCUCUGAGCUGCUGCCCCUGGGCCCAGUGGACGGCCGCUCCUGCUCCAUGGACUCGGCCUACGGCACCCUGUCCCCCACCUCCCUGCAGGACUUUGUAGCUCCAGCCACAGUGGCGGAGCCGACACCCCAGCCUCUAGAGCCAUCCAGAACCCCUUCACCUCCACCCUCACCCCGACUCCGCCGCCGCACACCAGUCCAGCUUCUGCCCGGCCUGCCCCACCUGCUCAAGUCCAAAUCUGAAGCCAGCCUCCUGCAGCUGCUGUCUGGGGCUGCCUCCCAGACGGUGCCCCUAGCUCCCAGCCGAAGCCUAUCUGAGCUCUGCCUGGCUGCUACUGCCCCUGACACUAGGACUCAGGGCUCCCCUCAGGAAGUGGGGCCUGGCUGGAACUGUUUGCCUAGUCUGGACAGUGGCCCUGAGCCAUCAGAGCUGGAGGGCAGGGCCAGCUGUCAGGCUGGGGAGCCUGCUGGCCUCACUGGGAGGAGGUGCAGGGAGUUGCCCUCCGGAACAUCUCCCCAGGUCCAGCCUGGGCCCCCUCCAGGGCUCUCAGCCCAGCACAGGAAGCUGACCCUGGCCCAGCUCUACCGAAUCAGGACCACCCUGCUGCUCAACUCCACGCUUACUGCCUCGGAGGUCUGAGCAGAGGGACCACCCUCAGGGGUGCCACUGACCAAGGGACAGCAGACAUAUGCCUCUGGCUUGUGGUACCUGCUUAAGCUGCUGCCUCCUGUGGCCUGGGCCCGAGUGCUGGAUGGGGCCCUGCCCACCACCCUGGCCGAUUUGCACUUGCUGACGGAUGGAGUGGAGGAUGCUCAGCGGAAUCCGUGGCCUGGGCUACAGAAUGCCCCAUCUGCCCAGAGGGUCCCUUGUCCCCUUCUCCUGUGGCUACCAGCUCUGACCCUCAGGACUGGGCUUCCAGGACACUGGUUGCACUGCUACCUUCAUCUGGCCUCAAUGGGGACCAGCCCCUGUCCCCAGUACCCACCCUCCCAGGCCUGCUGGCCAGCCCAGGCUCGGGUUGGCUCUGUGUAAAGCUGCAUAUUUAUUGAGCAAUGGUUCUUUUAUAAAGACUUGUAUAUAUUUCCCUGGAGUCCUGUCUUUUGGGCCACUGCUUUCCUGACAUGGGUGGCGCAGCUCUGUGCCCUUCCAGCGGGAAUCUACAGGAGACAUUGGGAAGCAAAGGCAGCAGAAAUGGGGUGGGGGUGGCAUCAGGCCAGUGUCCAAAGACCCGGCUUCUUCCUGCCAGAGCCGGAAGCACCCAGCAGCGCUGUCCUGAAAUGAUGCUUCAGGGAGCUCACCUGUGAGCUCAUGUCCAGGCUCUGUGGAGGGCACUCCCUAGGACCCAGGACUGAG